UACAUAUUUUUAAAAACAUUCUAAUAUGGAAGACAAGGAAAAUAUAAACAGAAGAGUACCGUUUUGUAUUCUCUUUGUCUUGUCUUUUUUUAGAAAUUGACAUUUCAAUUAAAUUUUACAAUUAUUAUUUCGUUGCCUACUAUGGUAUUAACCUUUCAUAUCGUGACGGUGUAAAAUUAUUUAUUUUUUAUUUGAUAUUAAUAUUUUAAAACUUUUUGAUAAAAUGUAAAUAUAUUUUGUUUAUUUAGUUCCUUCUAUUAAUUAUUCUGAUAUUAUAAACGAUAAUUAAUAUCAUGGAAAUCUGUGUUCCUGAACUAUGCAAACCACAACCGCAAUCAAUUAUCGAGGCAACAAAGAAAAUUAAGUUGAAUCACGAUGAAUGCUGUAACUGCUGUUGUUGUACAAAUCAACGCGUGUGUUAUAAAUAUGUGCAACCAGAAAUACCGAAACCCUAUAUCCCAAUUCGUCAUUUUUGGAAAUCAGGUUUACCAAUGGAUAGUAAUACUACAUAUCGACUUUCAUAUUGGGAAUGUCCAAGCGUUGGUGUGGAACCUAUUCGACCACGAGAUUGGUUAGUUACUGGUGAUGGCGAAAUAUCUGAUAAUACAACAUACAAAUCUAGUUACUUCAAUCAUCCAUGUGUAAAACCUGAUGCACCUUGUAUACCUUGUGAAAAACAAUGGCUUGGUAAAGGUCCUAUGCAAGAUGUUACAACUCAGAAACAUGAUUUUACAUGGAAAUCCAUUCCGCAAAUAGAACCUUAUAAAGCAGAACAUAAUUUAUUUUGUCCUCCUGCUCCGUUACUCGACGAUACAACAUAUAAAUUAAGUUACUUUGAAUCUGAUUGUGCUUCUAAAAUACCUCCUCCAUCUUAUGCUCCCAUAAGAAAAUAUGUUAAAUCUGAUAUUCCAAUGGAAGAUUAUACGACAUAUAAACUUAGUUAUUGGCCAACUGAAGCAAAGAAGGAAGAACCUUCCUGGGGCAAAAAGGAAUAUAUGCCACCAGUAGAACCAUUAGAGGGUUGCACAACUUAUAAAUUAAGUUACUGGCCACAGACAAUAGAAAAACGUUCACCAAUAAUAAUACCGGAAAACGAUAAUCUUUUAAGUGCUGGUUGUUGCACAGACGAUAAUACAACUUAUCGUCUAAGUUAUUUUGGUUGUGGAGGGGAUAAACGAAAUCCUAUAAUACAACCUAAUAAUAUUGAAUUUUCAUCUUGUCCUUUGUCUUAUGAUACCACUCAUCGUAUGAGUUUCUUAGGUAAUUGGUGUUUCAAAACAGAACCUCCAAUUUUACCUUGUGAGAAACAAUGGCUAGGUCGCGGGCCCAUACAAGAUGUAACUACACAAAGACAUGAUUAUACAUGGAAGAAUAUACCAUUAGAUCCAGAUCUUCGUUACCAUGACAAUCUUGUUCCUGCAACUUCACCUAUUGAAAGUUGUACUACAUACAGACUCUCCUAUUUCGAAAAUGACCUUAAAUCAUUAAUACCUCCUCAAAAAUAUGCACCUGUACGUUCUUGUCGUCCAUCAGAUAUUCCAUUUGAAUCAGAUACUACUAUGCAGUUGAGUUAUCAACCUGUGGAAAGUAUAGUUCCAGUUGAAAAACCUUGGGCUGAGAAGCCUCCUUAUCAACUUCCAGUUAUUCCAAUGGAAGAUAAUACUACGUAUAACACAAGGUUUUUAAUUCUAUUCAAAUUAUUUAUAUCAUCUUCUGACCAGUUCACAUCAUCACAAACAAAUCUAAAAAAAUUAAUUUUAUUUGACAUAUACAAAAUGCUUCAGUUGAACAUUUUGAUAUUAUCAAUAUGAAUUGAUAUUAUAUCAGGGAUGUUAAUGUACAUAUUUUUGAAGAAUCCAUUUUACAAUGGGUAAUCAAAUUAUAAACAUUUCAAAUCACACUGAAUAAAACUGAUCAAAAAAAAAUAGAAUUGAUCGUAUGAAUGAUGGUUCUUAAAAUAAUAUUUGAUGAUUGUAUCAACAUUAUUAGUUAGAUUAGAAAUCUUAUAAAUAAUUAUUUUUGGAUUAUAUUAAAUAAUAAAUUAAUUUAUAUAUUAAUUUAUAUAUUAAAUAAUAAAUUAAUAAUUAAUUAAGUAUAAAUAAUAAUUGUAAUAUUUAAUGUUCAGAAUAAUCAUUUAUUUUUAAAAUUAUUAUUAUUAUUUACAAUAUAAAUAAUUAAGAAAUCAUUAAAUAAAAAAUUGAACUUGUAAUUUUGUAUUUUUAAACUUGUAAUUGUAACCAAAAGUAUAAAAUAUUAAUUAUAUAAUUUGUUAUUAAAUGUAAAAAAGAUACAUUAUUUAAUUAUAUUAUUUCAAUAAUUUUAUUUUAACAAUUUAUUUUAAAUUUGAAAAUAGUUUUAAGUCAAUUUUCUAAUUUCGUGCAAAUUUAUAAGUUGUAAAUUUUAAAAUGAUUAUGAUAUAUUGAUUAUGAUAUAUGAUAUAUUAAAAAAGAUAAAAAUACAAA